GGGAAUGAAUGACCUGGUCACUAAACUUGAGGUUUCCAACAUAUCCUGCAAGGCUGCUGUAACAUUCGCCGAGGGAGAAAUAGAAAGCCAGUUACAAGCUCUCAAGGAUUCAGACACGAGAAUCAUAAUUGGAAGCUUCUCUCCUUCAGUAGCACCGAAGGUCUUUUGUGAGGCCUACAAGCUGGGUAUGUUCGGAGAGGACUACGGCUGGCUGGUCCAGGGGAGCCCCGAGGACGGCUGGUGGAUGACGGAGCACCACUGCGGUCAUCAUCUGGCAUCCGCGGCCCAAGGAGUCAUCCUCGUGUCCAGCUACAGCGAUCUCAUCGGCCAGCAUCAGCUCUCUGGUCUCAGCCGAGAGGAACUGUCAAGCGUGCUCUCAGGAGGCGGUUACUCUCGUGAGAGCUACGACGCGGUCUGGGCGAUCGCCCUGGCACUCUCCGCCGCCCAGAACGACCUCGACCUCAGCGACUUCCAGUACACGAGGGCUGAUGUAGGCAGGGUCAUCACCCAGGAACUGGGCUCCCUCCGAUUCAAUGGGCUAUCGGGUCCUGUCUCAUUCGACGGUCCAGACCGCGUUGGAAUUACUGCAUUUUAUCAAAUUCAAGGUAAAAGGCUGACUUUCAUGUAA